AUGCCGACACCAUCUCUCCGUCUAGCUCGUCAUGAGCUCUUCAAAACACCACCCCCAACCUUCACUGAAGAUGACAUGAUACACCUUGCGUAUGAGCGUGCUCGCGUGGCUGCCAUUGAAUACGGAAUGACGCCUGAGGAUGUGAUGCUGCUUACACCUAAGUUUUGGAAAUAUCACCUCGAUCUUAUUCACACAGCCACAGCCUCUACGUUUGUGCUGGCCACAAUUCAAUACAACCUCGCUGCGGGGACGAUUGGGGCGUAUGCCGCUGGUAGACCAGAUUUGCAGGAGCUGAUGGACCAGAUUAUGAAGUUUGAUGUUUCGGCCCAGUUCAUGCUCACCGAGAUUGGCCAUGGCCUUGAUGCUAAGAACAUGGAGACUACGGCUACUUUGCUUCCUGAUGGCGGGUUUGAUCUUCAUUCGCCAAAUCCACGCGCUGCAAAAUACAUGCCCCCAACCACGCCAAUUAAUGGUUUCCCCCGAAUUGCGGUGGUCAUGGCCCGAUUGAUUGUUGGCGGCGAGGACCAUGGUGCAAGGCCGUUCAUUGUCAAGCUCAACGAUGGUCAAACCAUGUCUGACGGGAUCACAUCCAAGAGACUGCCCACGCGAGCUGGGUCAAAACCCGUCGACCACGCAAUCACCAGCUUCAACCACGUCCACCUCCCACACUCUGCACUCCUCGGCUCAAUCAAAAAGCCAGAGAGCAUGCGAAGCAAUUUCUUCUCUGUGAUCUCGCGUGUGACCGUCGGCACUUUAGCGCUGUCCUUGGUCAUGAUCCCAGCAUUGAAGCGCGCAGUCUAUGUAGCCGGCAAAUACAGCCUUGGACGAAAAGUGCAAGGGUUCGAUGGCAAGCCGACACCCAUCAUCGCAUUUCGUACGCAGCAGCGGCCUAUUCUGCAUACACUGGCGAAAAUUGCUGUGUUUGAGGCGUAUGCAGACGACAGUGUUGAACGGUUUAUGCAACCAGACUUGAAACCCACGGUGCGCCAUGGCAUUGCCACAACGCUCAAAGCAGUUUUCAACUCGGCUACUCAAACGGCACUUUUUGAGCUUGCUGAACGGUGCGGAGCACAGGGUCUGUUCAGACACAACCAUAUCAUUGAGAACCAGCUCGAGGCUCGGGGGAAUUCCAUUGCCGAAGGAGAUAUCACGGCACUAUGCAUAAGACUCGCCUCCGAACUCCUCCUCGGAAAAUACGAAAUGCCUCCAGCCCAGAACCCAUCAAGCCUGCUCGCCACGCACGAACAGGGCCUCUUCACCGAAUGCCGCACCGCAGCCGCCCAAAUCACCACAGGUAGCGAUAGCCACCGCAGCGUCGAAUUCAACAACGCCAUCCUACCACGCUGCCAGUCCCUCAUCGAAGCAAUCGGACACCGCAUGGCGUACGAAGCCGCGGUCGCCGCAGACGUAGACCCCGACCUCCUCGCCCUUUUUGAGGCAGACUGUAUCCUGCAGGACUCGAGCUGGUACGUGCAGCAUGCGAAUCUCACGCGUGAGGAAGUGUUUGAGCGGGAGUCGAGAGCGCUGAAUGCUGUAUUGCCGCGGUUGGAAGAGUUGCUGGAGGGCACGGGCGCGGAGGAGUAUGUGGAUGCGCCGAUUUUGUCGCAGACGGCUUGGGAGGCGUUUGAGGAUUCGCUGGAGACGUUUGAGCCGGUUGUGAGGAAAUUUGAGGGGGUUGAGCAGUUGCAGAGUAUGCUUUGA